AUGUCUCAGAGCAGCAGACCUGCAGCAGGUCCAGGUCCAGGUCCAGGUCCAGGUCCAGGUACAGGUCCUGGUCCGGUCCCCAGACUGCAGGUUCGCAUCAUCGGCAGUAAACAGGUGAAACAGCUGAUCCAGGAGACGAGCAGAGAUGAAGGAGAGAAGUCAAAGAAAGAAAAAGGUUUGCAGAAGCUGCAGCAGAGAGCUGACGGAGCUCUGUGGGACGCCAUCAGCCAGGCUCCUGACAGAUGCUGUGUGACGGCUCCCUCUGGUGACAGGUCCAGGUCUUACAUCCACCCAAAGAUCAGACCAGAACCAGAACUAGGACUGAACACAAGACCAGGACCAGGACCAGGACCAGAGGUAGACAGACAGGAGGAGGACCAGGUCCUGUCCUCCUGUGUGAGACAGCAGCUGUCUGGUUGGUGUCGGUCCUCUCUGGAUCUGGUUCUGGACGGUCUGGUGUCUCUGGACUCGUCCUCCUCGGGGACGCUGCGUCCCUCUGAGGUCACCAGGCUGUUCCUGAGACACGCCGUCCCCCUUCAGCUGGACACCUUCAGUCUGCUGCUGCACAGGUUCUCUGACCACAGAGACCAGGACCAGGACCGGGACAGGGACCGGGACAGGGACCAGGACCAGGACCAGGUGGAUUACAGAGACCUGCUGCAGUUCAUCAGGAGCUCUGCUGAGGACACGGAGGACAUCAGGGACACGGAGGACAUCAGGGACACUGAGGACAUCAGGGACACUGAGGACAUCUGUUAG